AUGCCUGUCUUCAUGCCCUACAUCAAGCGUAGCCCUGCUACUUCUGCGUUUGUGGGUGUCACCUGUGGCAGCAAGAGCUCUGUGCUCUGGGGCCUAGCAAAGGUACUCCCCAGCGAGGGCCUGCUUGAACUGGGUGACGCGAUUCCUGAUGUGGUGCUCCAUGACCCCAGAACCAACUCCAACAUCACACUCACCAACAUUCUUGGCCUGCCUAACGCUCAUCUCAUGCUCCUACUAGGCGAGCAUGGCAACAUGCCAAUUGUGCUCAAUUUUGGCAGCAUCACCUGA